GUCAAAUUUGUUUAGGUUAGCUUUAUCGUUAGCUUGUAUUGAAUGAGAGAAAUGAAUUAAAUAGGCGAAAAAAACAAAUAAAAACAAUGGAAAACGAUACGAAUAACGUGGAAAAUCCGGAGGCGGUCGAAGCGAACGCAACGCAAGCGGUCCAACCGAAGGAAGAACCGAUCGCGAAAACCGCCAAAGAUUUAUUUUCCGAUUUCAAAGCCUCCGACGAAUCCGAUUUCGAGGAUCUCAAUGACCAGGAACAGGCCAGUUUUUCCGAUUCCGACGAGCCCCUUACGAAGAAAAUCAAAAAGAAAAAGGACUUGAAAAGAAAACCCAAACCCGGACACGAAGACUCCCCCAAAAAGAAGAAUUACAUACAAAAGUACAAAAAAGAAUGGGAAUCCAUACCUGCCGUUAAACCCUGGAUAUCCGAGAGCGUGCACGGGCCCCAUUACUUCUACUGCAGGUUCUGCAAAAAGGACUAUAAAUGCGGUAAAACCGAAAUAUUCAAACACAUGAGCGCCAUGAAACACAAAAAACACCUAACCAACACCGUUCAAUCGGUGCAGAAUAAGUUCCUGUUCCGUGGUCUUUUGUGCCCCGUUAUAACGCCAUUCGUAAAAUCCAGAGGUAAAGAAGUGAAUUACAAAUUAAUCAAUCCCUAUGCCAAGUUUUUGAAGGCUUGCGGCGUCAAGGGGAUCUUGUUAAACGAUAUAACAGGCGAAGGAAUGUCUCUGACGACUGAAGAAAGGAAACAAUUGGUGGAAUUUUGGUACGAUAUUUGCAAAGAAAAGAACCAAUUUCUGAUGGUACAAGUCGGUGGGGCUCCUUUGAAGAGCGUCAUCGAAAUGGCGGUGCACGCCGAAAGAUUAAAAGUAGGCGCUAUAGUUUUAAUGGCGGAUUUGUAUCACAGGCCAAAAACCCAUUUGGAUCUCAUUAGAUACAUAAAAAUUAUAUCGGAAUAUACGGAAAAGGUUCCCAUAUUGUACCAUCACUAUCCAAAGUAUACACAAUUGUACGAUAUCGAUAUGACCGCCUUUCUGCUGGAUAUAACCGGCGAAGUGGAACAAUUCGUAGGCGUAAUUUAUACGACAAACGAUCUACAGGACGGACUCACCGCUCUCACAUUGAAUCCGGAAAAAUACGUCGUUUUUAUGGGAACAGACGAGGUAAUGCUAGGAGCUGUAGCGAGCGGAUUUACUUGUAUAAUGGGCAAUAGCAUAAACAUUCUACCGAAAUUAGCCGAAUCGAUUUGCCAAUGUAUCAAAGAUGGCGAGAUCAAGAGCGCGCAGGCAUCGCAGAACCUCCUCAAAAAGGCCAUCGAUAGUAUCUAUUGUAACGGUGAUAUGGUGUCUACGUUGAAAGCUGCAAUCAGUAUAAUGACUAAUCUUCCUGUGGAUACUGUCAGGGAACCGUUACAAACCGUUUGGGAAGGAACCAUUAUCAAAAUGAAAAAUAAAUUACACGAAAUCGGUAUUAUAUAAAAACUAAAUAAGUUAAGUGGAUUUUUGAGCGAGUAAUUUACUACAAAAAAUAAAUAAUAAAUCGACUACUUUGAUCUAGAUGUAAUUUUUUUUUAAUUUUCACGAGUUUCGUUAUGG